AGAGAUUCUAAAUCUCAAGUUAAUCGUAAUCUAUGUGCUCGGAGCCGCUCGACAAGGCCCUUUCGGAUUGAGCAACGUGGCAGUAGACGCGACUACACGAAGGUUCAUCAACUCUCAACUCUCAGCAACCAAUACGGCGUCACAUAGCUUGAUCUACAAGCAGCGGUAUCUGGAUGAGAUUAUGAGAUAGAAAAGUCUGAAAUGUAUCGGUACGGGUCUCAAAACUUUGAAGCUAGCACGCUGAACCACCGAUAAGGACUGCAUUGUAUCAUGCUGGUCAAAAGUGAAUUCAAAGCUCCAACAGUUACCUCUCCAACUCAAUAAAUCCAACCAUUUUUGGCUGCCAUGCAUUGGUUUGGGAACAAUCUCGGCCUGCUUAUUCCCCGCUUCCCGCUAGUGCCCUUCCCUGGCUCAGGUCAUUCUCGGUUGCUCGUUCUUCGAGGCCAAACAGAAUACUAGCAGUGCUCGCAUCUGUGCCCCGUCCUCAACACAAUCCUCAGCAUGAAUUUCAUGGUGCUUUUGGUCAACAUCACCUCUCUCUUCGCUUCCUCAGUCUGUGGCCCGCGAAGUUUAUUAUAGAUGUCGUCCAUUCGGUUUGUGCUUCUCAAACGGAUCACGAUCAUUCUCAACAGUAUCACCAUAUGUUCUUGCCGUAACGACACCUCGGCAGGCGAUAUCGGGUUCAAUCAUUUUUAGGAUGCAGAAGGCUACGAAAAUGUAUAAAACCUACAAGGAAUAGAGACGGAUUGCCAAGUGCCUCAGUACUCGCAGAGACCUCCACUCCCACUCUAGCUUCAGUACAAUGUUCUCUGCAUCUUUCGUCGCCCUCGUCCUCGCCAGCUCAGUGCUCGCAGGCCCGAUGAAGAGGUUCGGUGGCCUCACCGUCGACCUUACUGGUCCGAGUAACGCUGCAACUGUCGAUGACCUCAAAUUCACGGCCACGGUCAAGAACUCCGGAAGCGAGGCAGUCAAAGUCCUCAAAUACGGUACUAUUUUGGACGAGAAGUUGCCGACUCGCUCCUUUACCGUGACGAAAGAUGGUACCGCGGUUCCUUUCACUGGGAUCAAGCUCUCUGUGUCCCUCGAGGAAGCUGAUGACAGCGCGUACGCCGUCAUUCCUGCCGGAGAAAGUGUCACUGUCAACCACAAUGUUGCUUCUCUCUUUGACUUCGCCUCCGCUGGUGCUGGUACCUUCAAAUUCGAGCCUGUCACCACUUUCCAAGUCGCAGGGUCUGAGGAAAAGGUUGUCUCGCUCGCCGACGUCGAGGAACUCGAGGUCGGCUCCAGUGCUGUCGAAGUGACAUUGAGCGGCACACCCGAGAAGCGAGAGCUCGUCCCUUUAGAAAAACGUGCUAGGAACAUCUGCACGACGAGCCAAGCAAGCUUUAUCUCUUCUGCAUACACUGAGGGCAAGCAAAUGGCGAGCGCCGCCUCCAGCUACGUCUCCAGCAAUGGCGCCAAUUCUCUCUACACCUCAUACUUCAAGACCACCUCCACCUCUACUGUCAGGAGCGUCCUCUCUAACGUAGCUAACGAAAAUUCCUCAACAAGGACCCUCGAUUGUCGUGACGCACUAGGUGCUUGCACGAGCGGCGUUAUUGCUUACACCGUGAUUUCCACCACCAACGUUUACUUCUGCAGCAUCUUCUUCCAGGAAGUUGCACAGAGUCGCUUGUGCGACGGUGGUACCACCGUCGCAGCCCGAAACAUUCGUGGUGCCACUGUCCUCCAUGAGCUCACUCACGCCACUUCUGGAACGGAUGACAUUGCUUACGGAUGCUCAACCGAUCGAAGUCUCUCCGCGUCGCAGUCUGCCGACAACGCCGAUAACUACAACUGCUUCUCUUCUCAGGUCUGGCAAGACACCCAGUGCUAAGCACGACUCGAUUUCGGCUCUUGUUGGGCA